AUUUUAUUGUCUUGUGAAAUUUAUUUAAAUCUAUUAUCAUCAGUUUAUGAUGGAUUAUGAUGUCGACGACGAUUGCGACGACUCAAAUUUUGGAUCAUGUCCAGAAUCAAUUGCGCAUUCGGAUAUCGGAUGAUGUUUUUUUUGUUUUGUUCGAUUCCUCGGACAAUUAUUCGAGCAUCAUCAAUGUUAAUAACAAUGCAAUCAUCAUCGACAAUAAAGACCAGUGUUACGACAAAUUUAGAAUUGACAGAAUUGGACAUCUGUUUAGCUCGAUGUACGAAUCCAUUGACAAGAAUAACAGAUGAACUAAUCGAUCAGCUUUGUUUGGUUACAAAUUCACAAACAAAUGGCCCAUAUACGACAUUGAAAUUUCUUGCAUAUAAAGCACAAUCACCACAAGAAAGUGAAGCACUACAUUCCUUACGGGUUUUAGAAUUAGUAGCUAAACGUGGUGGCUAUAGAAUCGCUGAUGAAUUGGGUAAAUUCCGUUUUCUCAAUGAAAUCAUCAAAAUUGUUUCGCCUAAAUAUUUGGCACAUCAAACAUCAGCAAAAGUUGGCCAACGUAUCAUUGAAUUGAUAUUCCAAUGGAGUAUGGAUUUUAAAGAAUUGCCCAAAAUAUUUGAAGCAUAUCAGAUGUUAAAAGUACAGAAAAUAGUUCACGAAGAUCCCGUUCAUGUAUUGAAGAACUAUCGACCACCAACACCGCCAAAACCAAGACCUAAACAUGAAAUAUUCGAUGAUGAACAGACAGUGAAAACAUUACGAUCGUUAAUUGAAAGUGGAAGAGCUGAAAAUCUGGAAGCGGCCAAUCAAAUGAUAAAAAAUUUAGCUCUCAAAGCCGAAUCACGUGAUCAGUUCAAAGCAAAUUUUGGCUCCGAAUUAGAAUCAGCUCGUAAUUGUGCACAUCUAUUAAACGAAAUGGUUGCACAAUCGAAUACGAAUUUAAAGAUUGAUAGUGAAAGCAAACGAAUCUUGUAUCGAGGAACGACCGAUGAAGAUAUGCAGCUUAUGCGUGAAUUAUUGUGCAAUUGUGAAACAAUUCGUUUUCGAUUGUAUCGAUUUUCUAAUCAAAUCACUGAAAAUGAUCACGAAGAAUUAAGACAAUUGAUCGAAGUGUCUGACAUGUUAAUGUCGACAAUCAAUUCCUGUAAACGUUAUUUUAUUUUGUUGGACGAUCCGAAACUAUUACAAACGACAAAUGAUUCAUAUGACGAUAUUAAUGACAAUAAUCGAUCAAAUCCAGUGGAAGAAGAACGUCUACUCGACCUGAAUACAACACCAUUAACAUCUCCGAAACGAAUUUCUCUUGAAAACAUUGAUGAUCUUGAUUAUUCAUUGGAUGAUAAUGGUAGUAUACAAGAAUCAAUGCUACGUGAUUUAAUGGCAACGACAACGUUGAACAAUACUAGAACAAAAUUACAUAUUCAUACAUCAACAUCGGACAAUUCAAAUCUUCAUCAAUUGGCCGAUAUGUUUGGCCGACAGAAUCUAUCUACGGAUCAGCAGAAAAUUAAUCAUAAAAAUGGCAAAAUGGCUUCAACUAAAUCAAUCACUUUGAAUCAACAAUCUAAUAAGGAAUUUACAGAUCUAUCUGAAUUGCUCGCAAGUAUUAAUCAGAUUUGCUAUGAAGACAUUCAACCAUGUCGAGAGAUGCGACCACCAUUACUUGUAUUCAAUGAUGAUGGUCUUGUAGUCAAUCUGCAUUUCACUGGCAACAAUCCACAUCAACAGGUUUCGGUUUUUCUAUUGACAUUCACCAAUUAUAAUCGAUCAACCAUAACUGACAUUCAUUUUUGGGCUGCUGUACCAAAGCGAAUGAAAGUCAAACUACAAUAUCAAACUGGAUCAACAUUACCUGGAUUACAAAAUGGCCAAGAUUUUCCCGAAACAUUUAUCAGUCAAGUAAUGUUAAUCGCUUGUGAUCAAAGUUAUUAUAAUAAUGAUAAUGAUGAUAUUGUUAAUCAACAACAACACCAUUCAUUGGAUACGAUACGAAAUUUGCAACAGAAUUCAUCGUUAAUGAAUAUUGAAAAUGAUGACAAUGAUGAUCAUGAUCAUGAUCAUGAUAAUUAUCACCAACGUCAUCAUACACAAAGCUAAUAGCAGAACAAAAACGCUCAUCAAUACAAUAUAAAUUGAAAUUUAAACUUACAUUUUCAAUUGAUGGAAAAUUUUCUGAACAUGUUUCACAAUUAGUAUGGUCACAAAAUUGUCAAUCAUCAUCAUCAUGAUCAUCAUGAUAUAUUUAUUUAUAUUAUUCGCAUUCACAAAUGAAAAAAAAACAAAAGUCUUCACCUGCAAAAAAAACA